AUGCGGGGCCCGGCGCUGCCGCUCGCCCGCCGCGCUGGGGCCGCCUUGGGGCCGGGCCGGGCCGGGCAGGACCUGGGGCAGCUGGGAAAGGAAACGAAAGGGAAGCUCCAGAAGCGGAUCUGUCAGGUGGUUCUGGAGCACUUUGAGAAGCAGUACACGGCAGAACUGGGGGAUGCAUGGAGCAGUGUCAGGGAUGUGCUGACCUCUCCGUGGUGCUGGCAGCACGCCCUGCUGCUGAACAGGUUCAGCCAGAGCCCUGGCCUGGAGAGCAGCCUGGCUGAGCAGGGAUACCAGCCUGCCUUCCCAGCAGCUCUGCCCUACCUCCCAGCAGCCUUCAGGUGCUACACCAGGACAGCCCCUGGCAGAUUCCCUGCCCAGAAACACCAGCCUGGCAGGCUGAAGGACUAUUACCUGCUCAAUGCUGCCUCGCUGCUGCCCGUGCUGGCCCUGGAGGUGGAGGAUGGAGAAGAUGUUCUGGAUCUCUGUGCUGCACCAGGGGGCAAAUCUGUAGCUAUCCUGCAGUGUGCCUGUCCAGGUCAUUUUCACUGUAAUGAAUAUGAUGAUUUGAGGUCAAGGUGGUUGGAGCAGACAAUAGAAUCCUUCAUCCCAGAUCCUUUGAUUAACUUGAUAAGGGUCUCCAAACUGGAUGGUAGACAGAUUGGAGAUCUUCAGCCUGAAUUGUAUGACAAGGUACUGGUUGAUGCUCCCUGUUCAAAUGACAGAAGUUGGCUCUUCUCUGCUGACCCUCAGCAAGCUGUGCUCAGGCUCAUGCAAAGGAAAAACUUGUCUUCCCUGCAAUUCCAGCUUCUAAGGUCUGCUGUUAAAGCCCUGCGUCCUGGUGGGACCUUGGUCUAUUCCACGUGCACCCUCUCCAAGGCAGAAAACAGUGAUGUGAUCAGUCUCAUCCUGAACUCGUGCAGGAAUGUGAUGCCUGUGGAUAUAAGUGGGAUGGCCAGAGGUGUUUCCCAGGAGUUCACUUUUCUCAGUGGAAUGCAGCAGCACGAGCUGCUGGUUCUCCCAGAGAGAGGCAGAGCCUGGGGUCCCAUGUACGUGGCUAAACUGAAGAAAGUGUCCUCCACCUGAUGCCUGUUGGUUGUUUAUAAGC